AGGAAAUGGAGGAACCUAGAGGGAAAUAUAGGAAAAAAGCACCCCAUUCAACAUUGGAGAGGGUCAGUAAGCUUAUCCUACCUGACGUGGCUCACAGAUUCCUGUUCGGACGGACAUCUGAUUUCCCUUUGGCCAGACUUUUAAUAGGAGCUGUAUUUGGAGCCAUCAGUGGGACUGCUUUGUUUCUUGGACUCAUGUACAACAUUUCACUGACCAACUUUCACAGAGUCAUAGUUGGAUAUGUUUUUAUAGCACUGUGUGUUCUAGGUGGGAUGCUGUCUUCAUAUUUUCGUUGCUCAGUUCUUCUGAUGUUUCCCAGCAUUCUUGGUUCUCGUGGACAGGCUUAUGCAAUGUUGUUCAUAAUACAAUGUCUCUAUCAAGGUCCAAUCUCCAAUAUCCAACAUAAUGUCCAGGAUGUGGUCUUCUCUAUCGGCUGCAAUAUAGACCUGCAAAUUGGGUACAGUAAGAUUAUGUGGAGGACGGUUUCUGAACCAUUUAUUCAGGUGUUCCAGGAGAUAGUGGCUGACAGCGUGCAACUCCAGAAAGAGGCACAGAAUGUGAGUAGACAGUUCCAGGGCAUCAGGAAUGAAGUGAUGGGCGAGUAUGGCUACGAUUCCAUUGGUCAGAAUAUUACAGCUACAGGCAACAGCACACAGGAGCAGUACACUGUGAAGACCAUGAUGCGCUGUGAAUAUGUGGUAAAGAAGGGCAUUGAUCACUGCAGUGAGUGGUUCAGUGAUACAUGGCUCAAGUGCAUGGACACAAUUAAAUCCCCUGCCAUCAGCCAUUUCCUAUGUGUGCCUAUGAAGUUUGAUUUUCUCUGUAAUAUUAUGAGAGUAAUGACUCCAUGGUGUAAGGAACAGAUCCCAGUGGAGGGAAACUUUGGACAGACCUUUGACAAGCUCAAUUCUGCCAUCAGUAAACUCGGGGAACAGUUUACCACCAAUGUGGUCUAUGAGAAAAUUGAGGAUCAGCCCAUGUUUGGAACCACAGUUCUUCAGGACGAAUUUCGCAAGGAGCUCACCAGGACAUUUAAGGAGAAGAGAAACACUAUCGAGCAAAUAUCCAGGAUCAUGCAGAUCCUCCUCUCCUUCACAUUUAUAACUGUUUUCAUUUCGGCUUUUGGAUAUGCACGAAAAUACACCAGAGAUAUCUGCUUUGACAAUGUCUACAUUACAACCUACUUUAGACAGAUUGAUGAGCGAAGAAAGAGACGGGGUAAGCGGUAUCUACUGCCCUUGAAGAAACCAGAAAAGAGCACUUUCAUCAACCCCUGGAGCUUGACAAUCCAUUCCAAUGAGCUGCAACCUGUGACAGCAAGCCUGGUCCAGGUUGUAUCUCUGGCUCUGUUUGUAUGUGUUCUGCUGGCCACUGAUAGAGUCCUUUACCACAUUUUCGACAUCAUCCGUAGGCAUACCUUUACAGAGCAAUCUGUUAAAAGUAGUCAUGAAAUACACAUUGACAUUAGAGGAGAAUCCAUGUUAGCUAAGCUCCUUCGUAAAACUAUCGGUGCCUUCAACACCUCCUCUAACCUAGAUUUGCAGUCCAGUAACUUGCAGUGUCUCCCACAGCCUCGUGCCCUGAGUCAGGCUGACUACCUGUGGAGUACCCUCCCAGUGCUGCUAAUGGGCCUCAUGUGCUGCUUUCAGGUUUAUACAAACCGCCUACGCAGGGUCAUCACUACAUUCUACUUCCCCAAGAGAGAGAAGAAACGGAUUCUUUUCCUCUAUAACCUCCAGAUCCAGAGACGCAUUACUUUUGUCAACCGGUUGAGCAAACAGCUCAGGCAUCAGCGACGAGCACCAAAACCGGUGUUGUCCAUGCUGCUGUCUCCACUGGAACGGUUGGGGUGGGGUGUGUGUUGGUGUUGGGUGUGUGUGGAAAGCAUGAGGCAGCGGAGUGCUGUGCAUUGUUCUGUUGUGGGCUGUAAUGUGCUCUACUGUGCACAAUGCUGGAGAGAUUUGGGGAACUGCUGCAUUUGCUCCAUACCUAAGGAUAUGGAGCCUCAGGACAAUGACUCUGACACAGACACAGUUUACUAUGUUCAUUAAUCAUAUUUCUGUUUCAUACAUCAUACAUCACACACAGGACAAUAAAUUGUAACUUUUACCCAAAUUAGCUGUAUUAUCUGUUUACUAAACAUUCCCCUUGUGGGUGGCCUAGGGCCUGUAUUCUGUAUUUGUACGAUUAGAGCAAAUUAAAGUAAUAAAACACCUUGGGGUGUGCUGUUGUAGGAAAAUGAUCUAUGUUGGGGUGGUGUGAUGUCACACCAAAGCUGAUUAUUUUCCAAUAAUUUCCAGCAUAACUGAAGUAUUUUAUUCCUUUUAUACCACAGCAAUUUUUUAAUUACCAUUUUCAUUUAUUAAUGUCAAAACAUUGUGCUUUUUAACUGUUUGUAGUUACAUUUAAAGUCUUGGAACAUUUAUGAGAAGAAUUAGCUCCUCUUAUCAUUUAUGUUAUAACAGCUAUAAACAGUCAUUCCUUCACCUGUAGAUAUGUUUCCAUCCAAGUUGCUAAUUUAUGUGAAAAAAAAUGGAAUAUCGUAUAAAAAACACUUGCGACUAAAGCACCAUGUGUUCAUCAUCAUUUUCGUGGAAACUGGCACCAAGUAUCAACACAACCUUUUACUUCUCUGAGCCAAUUAUCCAAUCACAUGAUUUGCUGUAGCAAAGUCACAUGACAUUUUUUUUUAACGUGCAUCGAGGAAUUCAUUUGGUAAUUGUGAUUCCAUCGUAGUUUAUGUGCAUGUCUUCUUAUCAAAUAAAAAAAAAUUAUCCACCUGA